CAAGAGGAGAACAUCCAGUGUUCUGAGCUCUGACAUGAUGCUGACAUUUCCCACCUCCUGCAUUGAUGGAUAGAUAGCGGGGCUUUCUACAACUGUUCCAGUAUACCUCCUCAAGAGGGGCACAUCAUGGCGGGACCAAGCAUUGCUGGCCCUGGCAUGAGCCUGGAGGAGGCGAAUGACAUUUGGCAGUGUAUAAAGCACAAGGUGGUCACAAAGAUGUGUGGCACCGGCUGGACGCCGACUCCUCACCUGCAGGACGCCCACAUGUUCCAUCCUCUCUCCGUCAUCGGAAAGCGGGUGGAGCGCUCGCUCCGUCUGCGGAAGGUGCGCAGUCUCUUCCCCCUGGGGCCCCUCUCCGAACUCCUAGACCGUCCCGGCGACACUGACUCCGACCUGCGGCCCCUGGGCACUGUGAUUCGGGAGGGCCCGGUCCACUGCGACGUGUUCCACGAAGAGUUCCUGGACGGCGUGGGCCGCGUGAGGAUCCACGUGGUGGACUACUGGACGGAGUCCGGCGUGCAGCCCAUUGCCCCCCACACAAAGCUGACCCUGCGGGACAGCCUGCCCUGGCUAGACUCGGUGCAUCGGCUCUAUCUGGUCAGCCAGACAGUGUGCUCGUCCAGCUGCCGCGUGCGCCUGCUGGGCGGCGAGCCGGGCCACCAUCUUAAGUUGGAGCCCGAGACCCCGCUGGGCUUCAACUGCCUGCGGCUCUCGGCACUGCCUUCGGGGCUGGUGGAGGUGCGGCGUGGCUGGGAGAGCGGCUACCUCCACCCCAAGGCCCGCUGGGCCCGCUUCGACUCACCCGAGUACGAGAGGCUCAGGGGAGGGACGGCCACCGAGCCCAGAGUGAUGGGCAUGCUGUCUCAGCUCGCGUUCUCCUUUGCACACCCCUCCACCAUGUCCCUACCUGGGCCCAUCUCACUGAGCCAGGACACCCUGAGCCCAGGACCCGAGCAGCCAGAAGAGAACCCUGAGGAGGCCCUGCUUCCUCUGGACGACGAAGAUGAUGAGGAGUGA